CUCUGCGCUUGCCGUAGUUGUAGACUUUCCAGGCUCGAGGGGAUAAAACUUUCUGAGCAGGUCGCAGAGGGAGCUUUCAGCGAGCAGAGACACACACACGGAGCUGAUGGCAGACUUCAGACUAACAGCUGACUCUGUUUUACUGACGGAUUAACAAUAAGAGGUUUUCAGUGAGUCAGGAGUUCUGUCCAGAAGCUGAAGGCUGUAGUUCAGGUCUAAAGUUCAGGAGGAGAUGGUAAUCAACAUGGCCUUCAUGCAAAUUGCAGCUCCUUGGUGAAGAUCGAUGUUUCUGGAGCUGGUGAGAAGAUGGCCACGCAGUGGACCCGUGUGAACAGCGCAGAGAAGAAAGUGCCACACACUCGCCUGAAGGAUGAGGCUGACAUUCAGCAAAUCUACUCCUUCGGGAGGAAACUAGGUCAAGGAAGCUUCGGGGUCGUCUGUGAAGCCACUCACCUGGAGACGCAGAAGAAGUGGGCGAUUAAGAAGGUGAACAAAGAGAAGGCUGGGAGUUCAGGUGUGAAGCUGUUGGAGCGAGAGGUGAACAUCCUGAAGCAGGUGAACCACAAGCACAUCAUCCACCUGGAGGAGGUGUUCGAGACGCCUGAGAGAAUGUACCUGGUUGUAGAUCUGUGUGAAGGUGGAGAGCUGAAGAAGCUCUUACAGAAAAACAAGCGUUUCAGUGAGGAGGAGACCAGACACAUCAUCAGCAGCUUAGCCGAGGCCACUGUCUAUCUUCACAAGCAGGACAUCGUUCACAGAGAUCUCAAACUGGAAAACAUUCUUGUGGAUAGUUAUCACCAUAGCGAUGAUCACACCAUCAUAAACAUCAAGAUCACAGAUUUCGGACUGUCCGUGCAGAAAGGUGGAGUGAGCAGUGGGAACAUGCUGCAAACCACAUGUGGGACACCCAAAUACAUGGCACCUGAAGUGAUUAACGGCCAUGAGUACAGCCAGCAGUGUGACAUGUGGAGCAUCGGCGUCAUCAUGUACAUGCUGUUAAGUGGAGAACCUCCAUUCAAGUCCAGCUCUGAGGAACAUCUGUUUGAAAUGAUUAAGAAAGGAGAGCUGGACUUCUCCGCUCCUGUGUGGGACACCGUCAGUGAUGCAGCCAAAACGGUGCUGAGCUGUUUGCUGAAAGUCGACCCAGCGCAUCGCAUCACAGCCAGUGAGCUGCUGCAUAACCCCUGGGUCACGGGAGACACGUCCACGAAUGCCUCCCCCACCAACGUGCUGGUGAUGAUGCGACAGUUCCGGAACGCUCCAGAGGAUGACGAGAGCGAGGAGGUGAGCGAGGGGAUGGGAAGCCUCUCUCUCAGCUGCUCUCAGGACAGCGUGGUCGAGUCUGUGGCCUCCCCAGAACCUCCAUCUGCUCCUCCCUCUGCUCCUGGAUGUGCUCAAGCGCAGACACUCAGCCUCAACGGAGACCUGAACAGCAGCAGCAAGAAACCUUCCACGUCCACAAAACAGAAAAAGAAGAAAUCCUACUCUUACGAUGGUACGAAGAAGAACGGCUCUGCUGUGAAGACGAGCAGCACGCUGAGUUUGAGCACGGUGCAGUCCUACACGGGUAACAAACAGACGAGCACAAAGCGCCACAGCCAACCGGACAAGCAAGAGAGCAUCAGUAAGGCCUCCUCUCCCAAACCAUUCACACCAAAUGAUAGCCACGCCCCCUCCUCCACAGGCCACUCCCACAACUCAGCUCCAGGGCCAAGAAGAUCAGUUAGUUCACACACACCUUAGAGUCCGGUGGAGGAAAUGCCGAACCCGGGGUUCACUGGGCAGAUCUACUGGACUCAUGAGACAGAAAAAGUCUCAAGCGCCGUUCGUCUGACUUCAUGAUCCGUUUCUCCUGGAUGGUCUUCAGAGAACUUGUACAGGAUAAACUAUUUUAGACUUAAACUUGAAAAGCUGGAUAAAAAUGAAAAAAAAAUCAACCCACUGCUGUUUCAAGUGUAUGGGUUUAAGAUUAUUUAAUGAUUGCGUAAGACCUGGGUGAGCAUUUGCCUCGAGUCUCGUCUGCCUUACACUUUUUGGGAAAUAUUUUUUAUUUUAAUUUUUGCUCCAAUAUGAAAACAAAUACUUAUAUUUCUAAACAGGGUUUCAGGGUUUGAUAGCUGUAGUAGUUCUUUUUUUUUUAACUAUAGAUCCAAUGCCACAUAACCAAAGAUACCUGGAGCCACUUUAAACUGUAAUCGUAUUCACGCCUCACAUAAACAAACACCACAACAAAGCAACUGUUAAUUCUAUAAAUACUAAUUUAAAUAGUUUUAAAAACUUGCCAAAUCACUACUGUGUAUAGAUAAUGAUUUUACUUCAUCAAUAAACACACAUAGUUCAUGUUGUAGUUGAGAAAAACCUUUAUUUUCAUUUUACCAAUAAACUUCAAUCAUUCAUUCUGCUUCAGUAA